AAUACACAUAUUUAGUGAUGUAUUACACUCCUGAAAAGUCAAGAAAAGAAAGGCCGUCUAAUUAAAACCAUUUAGCAUUAGCCGUGAACACAUUCGAUUUCAGAAAAAAGUGCCAGCAAAAUCCACGGCGUUUUCUUUGUCACUUUUUAGAGAACUUUAAAAAAAGAAUUACCCGAACUUAAGAAAGGAAAUUGAAAAGAAAAACAAUAAGUUAAAGAACAUUACAAGACUGGAAAUACAUGUUCAUGUGUGUAUAAAAUUUUGAUGUCCGGAAGAGCGUGAUUUUACAGAUUUAAAUGGAUCGAAGAUAGUCAUCACCAACAGUGUAUAAGACUUUGCAACAAAACAUUUCAUUUAGUGAGAAUGUCGUUCAUUAACAACCUAAAAAAGGUAUUCCACUUGGGAAGCGGUGAAACCAAGAAAAAACGUCAUGGCAAUAACAUUAAAAUGGAUACCGAUCCAGCCGAUGUGUGGGAAAUCGUUGGCGAACUCGGGGAUGGGGCGUUUGGUAAAGUUUACAAGGCGCAACAUAGAGAAACAAAACAUUAUGCCGCCGCCAAAAUGUGCAUAUUGGAAGCAGUAGCCGAUCUAAGUGAUCACAUGGUAGAAAUAGAUAUAUUAUCGGAAAUAAGACAUCCAAAUAUAGUUGAAUUAUACGAAGCAUUUUUUGUUGAGCUCAAACUAUGGAUGCUAAUUGAAUAUUGCGACGGAGGAGCUUUGGACAGCAUAAUGGUAGAAUUGGAGAAACCUCUGAACGAGCCACAAAUCGCAUAUGUGUGUAAGCAUAUGACGGAGGGUUUGGACUUUUUACACAAAAAUAAAGUAAUUCACCGCGAUUUAAAAGCUGGGAAUGUUUUGCUAACAAUGGAAGGUGGAGUUAAGUUAGCUGACUUUGGAGUUUCUGCUAAAAAUAAACACACACUCCAAAAGCACGAUACUUUUAUUGGAACGCCUUACUGGAUGGCCCCUGAGCUGGUUUUAUGUGAGACUUUCCGUGAUAAUCCUUACGAUCAAAAAAUCGACAUAUGGUCAUUAGGCAUUACGCUAAUAGAAUUAGCUCAAAUGGAACCGCCUAAUAGUGAAAUGUCUCCAAUGCGAGUUCUUUUGAAGAUACAAAAAAGCGACCCGCCUCGGUUGGAUCAGCCUUCAAAAUGGAGCAAGGAAUUCAAUGAUUUUUUGAAGAAUUCUCUAGUAAAAGACCCUCAUCAGCGGCCAUCAACUGACAUCCUUUUGCAACAUGACUUUAUAAAUCGUGAUCUAGAUGCCAAACCUAUUAAGGACCUUUUACUUGAAUAUCGAGCUGAAGUCGUCGAAGAAGUUGUUGAUGAUGAAGCAGAGGAACCCCGCAAUUCAGCGCUCCCACUCGACUUGGACGAUGAUUCCGUAUCAGUGCAGAGCCAAGACAUCGACAAACUUUCAGGUACUCUUGCAUCAAAAGAACAACAGCAACCAAACAAUUUACAAAACACAUAUUUUACGGCACAAGAUGCUGAAAACAAACUUACUGCAACAAAUGACUCCACUUCAAUACCACAAAGCAAAAUGCCAUCUGAAGAGGAGACAGAGUCCUUGGAAAAAUCGAAGGCUUUGGCUAUCAAAUCCCAGCGUACACCUCUACUACAAAAAAUUCCUGAAGAUAUUGCCGUGUCAGAUGGUGAUAAGAUAUUGCCCAUUUCGACUGAUGUCGACAAAAAGAUUAUAAAGAGAGAAAAGGGUAAAGCUCCUCCUCCGCCGGCUAUUAUAAAACCAAAGGAUAUUACAGUCCAAAUGACGUCAGAAUUCUCCACAAAAUUGAGCGAAAAUGAAGAAGAUAUUUUAAGCCCACUGCCAAAGAAAGUUGAAGAGAAAAUUGAGGGGUAUGAAGAUAAAAAUCGUCGUAUUGUGGAUGGCUCUAAAUCGAGCGAUGUUGAAGCAAUGUCCCCACCAUCACCCGAAUCGUCGACAUCGACUUCAUCUUUACAUUCGGUAGAGUCAUCAGCGAAAAGCUUGAGUGGUGCUGCGCCAGUUAUGUCCUCCAGCACGUCUAUGAUAACAAUUAAUAGUGAUACAUCCACCUCACCGUCGCGAUGUGCUUCAGAUUCAUUUGUCGUGUCGCAAAAUGUUAUCUUGCCAAACAGUUUAGAAGCAGGUACGAGACAAAUCACCGUGGUGACAAGUACCCAUCCACCAGUGGUCAUAGAUAACACCCAACCAUUGCCAUCUGGAGAUUCAUAUCAAAAGUCUAUUAACGAUGUUGUUAUUGUGUCAAAUAAUCAAAAUAAAUCAAUGCAUAUACUUGAUUCGUCAACAGAUGACGACUAUCCAUCAAUGGACGAAAGUCUUGGUGCGUCUUCACCCCCACAUAAACAGUCGUCGAUGAUAGUCACCCUUAACACUGAGCUAAGUACAAGCGAAGAAACUGACAGAGGCUUUUCAUCUCUUCGCCCAAUGCCAUCUCAUGCACGAAAAUUGGAUGAAAGCGAAGUUUUAAUAGUAAGCCCAUCGUUUGCCAACGAAGAUGAUUCUGCGUACAACACGCCUUCUGAAAGUCACCACGACAAUAGUUGUGGACAGCAAUUACUCGAUACAAGUCAUGUAUCCGUAGUAACGGUUGGUGAUGAAAUACGUGUAAAGGAUAGCAGUAACUUAGCAAUAACUAAAGCGGGAAAAAAUAUGAAUGAGUCAUCGCCUGUGGCAAGUGAUAACAAAAUUAAUGGAAAAUUUUCCAAAAGUCAACAGAUUCCCAUUCUUGAUUCUGAUGAUAUAAAUAUUGUUGUAAAUCGACUAAAAAAACCAGAACCUAUAAUAUCGCAAACGGCAGGGGACGGAAGUGAAACGGGAUCCAUUAGGUCGAGUAGUGGUAGCAGUAACAAAUUACAACGACGUGGAGCUGAGGUUAAAAUUGCUGUAUCUGUGGACAAAAGUGAUGCGGAGAGUGUUUGCACAACUGCUAGUCAUGACAGCCGAGUCGAGGUUGAACCCGAAGCCGAUGGAGCUGUUCUUUCUAGAAAAGAUAGAAUGGAUGACGACGAUGUUAUUAUCCGACGUAAGCCUGGUUACAAGAGUGGAUAUGGCGUGUCUUCUGGACUUACGAAGGAAGAAAUUGAGUUAAAAAAUCUGCGAAAAAAGACACGAAAGCGCACACGAAAGUUUGAAAUUGACGGAGUGCAAGUGACUACAACUACAAGUAGGGUAAUAUAUGGCGAUGAUGAAACCGGACGUCUGUACGAUGAUCACGUUUUUCGAAAACAAGAGCUAAGAGAACUUAAGAUGUUGCAAAAACAAGAGAAAAAACAACAAACUGACCUGCAGCUUAAGGAGCAAAUCGGCAAAGAACAACAAGAUCGCCGUUUUGAACAAGAAAGGACUUCCCUCGAAAAAACAUACGAAGCCGAUAUGGAUGCUCUGGCUCGCCAGCACAAACAAUUAAUCGAAAAAACAGAACAAUCUCAGGAACAUGAGCUGCGUUCGUCGUCCAAACGAAUACGUGCAGAGCAGGAGAAAGAGCUCAAAAUCUUCCGGGAAAAUCUUAAACAAGAAAUACAUUUACUUAAGCAGGAAGUCGAUCUACUGCCGAAAGAUAAGAGAAAAGACGAAUUCAAACAGCGCAGAUCCGCUAUGGAAUUGGAUCAUGAAGAAAAAGAAAGGUCCUUCUUAGACUCUUUAAAAGAACGCCACGAACUGCUCUUACGACGUCUAAGUGAAAAACAUCGAGACCAUCUGGCCACUAUUCAUAGAAAUUUUUUACAACAGAAACAGAAUGCUAUGCGGACGAGGGAAGCGCUAUUGUGGGAAUUGGAGGAGAAGCAAUUACAUGAAAGACAUCAACUUUCAAAACGACAUGUAAAAGAAAUGUGUUUUAUGCAACGCCAUCAAAUGAUUGUUAGACACGAGAAAGAAUUAGAUCAGGUGAAGCGAAUGUUGCAACGCAAAGAGGAGGACUUGGUAAAAAAACAGGCUUUGGAAAAAAGAGCGCUGCCAAAGCGCAUUAGAGCAGAACGUAAAGCAAGAGAAUUAAUGUUCAGAGAAUCCUUACGUAUAUCAUCCAAUCUCGACCCAGAUGUCGAACGCGAUAGGCUGAAAAAGUUCCAAGAACAAGAUAAAAAAAGGUAUACCCAAGAAGAGCGAAGAUUCGAAAUUAAACAUCAAAAACAACUGGAAGAAUUGAGGGCAACCAGGGAGACCACUAUACGGGAACUCGAACAACUCCAAAAUGAGAAGCGCAAAGCUCUUGUUGAACAUGAACAUGCUAAAUUGGCGCAAAUAGAUGAUCGUCUAAAGGCCGAGCUGCGAGAGUGGAAAGAUCAGUUGAUACCACGAAAACAGAAAAUGAUCGAGUCUUUUAAUACAGUUCUCAAUGAUUUUGGGCGGCGUUAUGGAUAUGUAGAAUGUGAAAGGAACUUCAUUGAAGCGAUGAAAAGCCCGUUUGAGCUGCCAAGCCAUUUGGUCGGAAUAUUUAAUGACAUACCCCGCAUAGUACCUAAGGGAGUAUUUCUAAAUAAUUCUCAGCAAAUGCUUCGGUCUAGAACUUUGUCAAUGUUUUCACCGGGGAUAAGUUCAAAUUUCCGUAGUUCUGUGCCAGAUCUCAGCAAAAGCGUGCCCAAUACUCCCAUACUUAUUAAACAGCAAUGUCCAAAGACUUCAAAUGAACUACCAGUUGGAACAUCUUCCAUGCCUCGGCCAAGUUAUAAUACCACCACGAAUGCGCCAACUAAAUUGAAUUAUUCCAGAAAUCCAAGUCUAAAUUAUAAUAUAAUGCCUUCUGAUGGAAAUCAAUUUAUGGAAACGGAAGAAGAUUUAGUUGAAAUCAAAACAUCGCCUAUUUCAAAUGUAACCCAAACUAUUAAAGAAGAAGUCAAUCCCGUUUUAACAACAUUUGGAAAUUCACAUUUACAAACCAAAAUUGAUACUCGUGAAUAUUCCGAUGACAGUGCAUUUAAUAGGUUUGACAGAAAAUCUUUAGCUUCGGAUAAAGAUAUAACAAAUUUACGAGUGGAUACUCGUCCACUUUUGCAUCCGUCGUCGUCGUUUACGAUUAAAAGACCAUCAAUUUUACCUGAAAGAAGUUCUUCCAUGUCCGCAUCUAUUUCUCUUCACAACUUACCUGAAGGAUUUUCGGCGCCUACAUCCGAUAGCAAUGUGGCAGCAGAAAAGGCUGCAGCUCUACUAAAUGAUGUUGAUCCCUUACUUCGCGCUACGUUGCGACGUUCUCAAACACACGAAGAUGGAAAGCCGUACGAAGGAUUCCUACUUCAAAGGGCACCAAGAUUUACACUACCGCGAAUUGUGCCGAAACCAACAAAUAAUCAAAACAUUAAAGAUGAAGAUUCUAUGGCGUAGUCUUUACCAUUAUACUAAUUUUCCUAUACAUUUUCGUUAUUGUGCUCCCUCACUCCAAAUAAUUUACAAGCAGCCAUUAUUUUAGCUUAAUGCAGUAAUGCAAUAGUAUUGACAUUAGUAAUAUUCCCUGCAACUGGAGCCCCCAGAUUUAGGUCGUGAAUAUGUUUCCAAAAAUCGCGACUUAAAUCGACAUUCAAAUUACUCAUACGUUAUAAACGCAGGUUAUAUUGCUUGAGUAUAAUAGUAUUAACUUUUUACUAACAUAAUUGCUAACGUAACAUUAACAAACCCUAACAUUUUACAUAUAUGAGCCAAUUACUAAAACCAACAUGCAGUUUUGUUAUUGAGAAGAACCCAUUUUUCAAGUUCAAUGACCUUUUGUCUACAUACCUGCGUUCAUUAUCUGUGUUUUCUAAACGCUUCGUAAACACGAUCAGUUUGCGAUCUAUCAUCGUUACAUACAUAUAUUCUUGUGGUCACAGUAGUCUUUGAGUUAAAUAAACGAGAGAAACAUUCCACAAAGUGACCCAAAAUAAUUUAAAAUCUACAAAAAUAUACCAGUAGGGACAAUCAGAAAAUCUCCGAACUAAAACUAGUAAAAGCAAGAGCACAACAAUGGCAAACCACCCUCUUUUUCGAGUAUAUCAGUAUUAUAAAAUUCCUCCUCAUUGCCGACACUGCUAAAGAAAAGGUCCCUUAUCGUUGAACCAACAAUUUUAUUGGGAUUUUGCAUCUGUUCAGUUUGAAUAUCAGUUAGUUUUGAAUAUUAAUAGCGUUUCCACAUUUACUACCAUUACAAAUUAUAGAAAUUUCUAUGGCAAAACGGCUAACAUAGGAGGAGCUUAACCUAAUAUAUAUGUCAUGUAAAACCCAUUCCGUUGUCAUAUCAAAGAAAAUUCGUCAUGUUUUAGUUUGGCCAAUUCUUUUAAUAAUACAAUAUCUGGUCGGCCCUGUGUAUUUAUACUCACACUCUAAUGAAUCCAGAAUUUCGUCUGGCUGUCCAACGGUUGCAAUCACGCUACUGCCUCCAAAAAUUGAGAUAUUGAGCGAGAUAAAAGCGCAAUUAUUCCCCGAUAAAAAGGAGGUCCCUUAUCAAUGAGGUUAAACUUGAAUCGGUCAGCACUCACUAUUAUGUGAGAUGUUUGCCCCUGUUCCAUAAUGGAAUGUUCUUGGGUAGAUUUGCGUUAUACUGGUCCCCCCUUUUUUGGACAGUGUAUUAUAACUUUGUGCAUUUGUUUGCAAUGCUUAGAAGCAAAAGAGCUAGACCCAUUGAUAAGCAUACCGAUCGGCUUUGAAUCACUUCCUGAUUUUAUUUAGCUAUGUCCGUCCGUCUGUUCUUGUAUUCUUGUAAUCAUGUUACAGGUCGCAUUUAUUGUCCGAUUGUCAUGAAAUUUUGCACAAAUCUCUUUUUUGGCUAUUGAUUUUGAAAAAAAUCGGUUUAGAUGUAGAUAUAGCUCCCAUAUUAUCUUUCAUCCAAUAUGGCCUUUUAUGUCUGUAGAAGCCUCAAUUUGAGUCCGAUCUUUACAAAAUUUUGCAAGAGGUGCUUUGUCUUGUGCAAACGUCUUUGUAUGUGUGCAAAAUUUCAUAAAAAUCGGUUCAGAUUUAGAUAUAGUUCCCAUAUAUUGUAUAUCUUUUAUUAGAUAUGGCCUUUUAAGGCUGUAGAAGCCACAAUUUUGGUCCGAUCUUAACAAAAUUGGGCACGGGGUGUUUUAUUUCAAAUUUAGAUAUAGCAUCCAUAUAUAUCUUUUAUCCUAUAUGGAGUUUAAAGCCUGUACCAGCCACAAUUUUGGUCUGAUCUUUACCAAAUAUGGCAUGGGGUGCUCUAUAUGACGUCUUCAUAUGUGUGCAAAAUGUCAUAUAAAUCGGUUCAGAUUUAGAUAAACGUUCCAUAUAUAUCUUUCAUCCGAUUUGACUUUUAAGGCUGUAGAAGCCACUAUUUUAGUCCGAUCUUAACAAGAUGUAGUACUUACUUACUUUAAUUGGCUAUGACAGAAUACUUGUUCCAUUAGCCGAACGUAGAAUAGCGUUUCAAGCGCUUCGAUCUUCUGCGCUCAUUCUCUGACACCAAGUUUCGAGGUGUCUCCCACAACUUGAUCUUUCCAUCGGGCUUUUGGACCUACCCAACGCAGCCGUUGUAUUUUGAUGCGUGUAACUAUGCUAUCGUCGUCAUACAGCUCAUGAUUCAUACGUCGCCUAUAUUCUCCAUUUAGGAAGAAUCUUUCUCUCAAGUACUCCAAGCACUGUCUCAUCUGCUUUCACAAGUACCCAUGCUCCAGAACCGUAGCACGGGUAGUAUCAGUGUCUUGUAUAGUGUUAUCUUCGUCUGUCGAGAGGUGGUCUCAUUUCUAAACUGCUUACUUAGUCCAAAGUAGCAUCUGUUUGCCAGUAUUAUUUUUCGCUUAAUUUCGAAACUGGUGUCAUUUGUUCCGGUUACGGCGGUGCCGAGGUAGAUAAAGUUACUGACUGUCUCAAAGUUGUGGUUCCCAACUUUCUCCAUUUUCUUUACCUGCUCGGUUGUGCAAGUUUUUUUGGGAGUUGAAACCAUCCAUUUCGUCUUAUCUCCAUUUACUGCCAGAUCCAUUUUCACUGACUCUUUCGAUUCUUUUAAAGGCUGCAAUUACUACUUCCGAUGACCGACGUAUGAUAUCGAUGUCGUCUGCAUAGGCGAGUAGCAUGUGUUCUCUUGUGAUUAGUGUGCCAUAUCUAUUCACAUCUGCAUAUCGUUUAAUCUUCUCCAGCAUGAUAUUAAAGAGAUCGCACGAUAGGCUGUCUCCUUGUCUGAAACCUCGUUUGGUAUUAAAUGUUUCGGAGAGAUUCUUUCCUAUUCUUACUGAGGAGCGCGUAUCAGCAAAUGUCAUCCUGCAGAGUCUUUAUUUUGCAGGGAUACCAAACUCUGACAUGGCUUGAAACACCUUUGAACGUAAAGGAGUAUCGAAGGUGGCUUUGUAGUCAACAAAGAGAUGGUAGGUGUUGAUUUGUCCUUCUCGGGUCUUUUCCAGGAUUUGGCGCAGCGUGAAUAUCUGGUCUAGGGUGGAUUUACCAGGUCUAAGCCGAAUUGAUAGGGCCCAAUUAUCUCAUUGACUUUAAUCUUUUUUCAUUGGUUUUAAUCUUUCACACAGUACGCUCGAGAGUAUCUUGUAUGCGAUUGGGAGGAGACUUAUUCCUCUGUAGUUGGCACAUUCCGUCUUGUGUCCUUUCUUGUGUACGGGGCAUAGUAUGGUGAGGUUCCAAUCAUCGGGUAUGCGUUCUUCUAGCCAGACUGCGCAGAUAAGUUGAUGCAUACGCCUUAUCAGCGUGUCGCCUCCUGUCUUAAAUAGUUAAGCAGGUAACCCGUCGGCUCCUGCUGCCUUGUUGCUCUUUAGUCGGGUCACUGCUACUUGGACCUCAUUCUGACUAGAAGGUAAACGUUCUAUACCAUCAUCAGGGAUUGGUUCUGCGGUAUCCUCUUCGCCGCCAACGUCGGACACUAGCAGUUGGGUAAAACGUUCUUUGCAUAUCGUCAGCAUGUUAUCUGUGUCAGUUACCAGAUUUCCUUCUUUGUCUCUGCAGGAGGAUGUGCCUGCACCAAAGCCAUCGGUUUGAUGAUUAAUUCUUUGGUAGAAUUUCCGGACUUCAUUCUGACUCCUGUACAUCUCAAUUCGCUUACACUCACGUCUUUCCAGUUCCUUUUUGCUUUCUGCGGAAUAGACGUUUCUCCCCUCUCCUUUUCUCCCGAGACCUCUCCUUCAUCUGGCGCGUUGCUACUGAUCGCAGGGUUGCUCUAUAUGCCGCAUUCUUGGCUUCAGUAGCAUCUCGCCACUCUUGGAGUGGGCAAAAGUUUGCCACUGCGCCAUUAUAUCAUCGGAACAAGGAGUGCUUUCAUCAAGCAGUUGUGUCAGUCGAGUGGAGUAUGCCGCUCUUAUUUGUUGUGUUUGCAGCUUUUCAAUGUCAUACUUCCGUGCAGUGGCAGAUCGUGCUUUCCUCGCCUUGUUCAAACGGGUGCGAACCUUUGCUGCAACAAGGUAAUGAUCCGAAUUUAUAUUCGCUUCACGGAUCGAUCGUAUAUCUAACCCGCUGGAUGAAUGCCUUCCACCUAUCACAACGUGAUCAAUUUGGUUUCUCAUGUUUUGAUCGGGUGACAGUCAUUUGGCUUUGUGAAUAUCUUUAUGUUGAAAUCUGGUGCUACUAACUACCGCGGCAAAAUCUAUCUGCCUCAACCCAUUACUGGACGUUAUCUCGUGGAGGCUAAACUUUCCGACUGUUGGACCAAAAAUGUCUUCCUUCCCUAUCUUCGCAUUAAAAUCUCCCAGAAUGAUUUUAAUAUCAUGGGCGGGGCAGCGGUCAAAUUCUCUCUCUAGGCGCUCGUAGAAAAUAUCCUUGGUCUGCUCGUCUUCAUUUUCCGUCGGGGCAUGGGCACAAAUAAGGUUGAUGUUGAAGAAUUUGGCUUUUAUGCGGAUUGUGGCCAGCCACUCAUCCACCGGAGUAAAGCUGGAGACAAGGCGUUUCAGUCUCCGACUAACCACAAAACCACAGCCAAAUUCAUGCCUCGUAUUAUGGCAGCUAUAGUAUAGUUCGUCACCGUUUGAUGUUGUAGUGACGCCAUUCCCAGUCCAUCGCACUUCCUGUAAGGCGGUAAUAUCUGCCUUGUACUUCUCUAAUACAUCCGCCAGCGCGUAUACUGCACCUUCUCUAUAAAGAAUGCGGACAUUCCAGGUGCAGAUCCGCAAAUCGUGGUCCUUUUUUUCGUUUGCUUAGGUCGUCAACGUUGGGGGUUCCGUUUUUACUAUUCCUUUGUUUCUCAUAGUUUUCCGGGGCGGGUUACUGAUCCAGCGCCCCAACCGUAUGGGUUUUAUGUUAUUGCACAUGUAUCCCUCGCUAUGGCGAGCCGCUUGAUCCAAGAUCCGACGCUCGCCUCCAGCCGCCCCUAACGUGGAAACAGACGCUGAUGUUGGCCAUUAAUUAUUUGAUGGCGCUAUUAACUCGCCUUGUCAUCUCGAGUAUCAUUGGCACUCAGUAUUUAAUUAAGAGCCAGUGCCACCCGACUCCUCACUGAGACUCUUCAGCCUUUCCUUACUGGUUUGAUAUUGUAACUACGGAUAUGGUCGCCCUGGUAUCCAAGUUAGUAGCGUGCUCGGAUUACCAAAAGUCUAAGUGAGUCUGUUUAUAAAAUAGACUACCACACCUACAAACCUAACUAUGGAGUUGUGAUUUAUUGUAAAAUAAGAUGAUAAAUAUGUGUCUAUGGUGUUGACUAUCCAAAGUUCUUCCUAACCUUUUCACAAAACUGGGCCUUCAAAUCAAAAUCAAUUUUGUGCCAAUCGUAAAUCUAGAUCAACGUAAUCGAUCAAAUACAUAAUGGCAUCGUUAUCUGAUAUUUGGAAAAUUUCCCAAAUAUAUUUUAAACAUGCGUUCUAAGAACCCCAUCAUAAAUGGAUCGCAUACAUUUUCAGGAAACAACAGGUUUUUCAGUAGUCAUACUGCUUUCUAAAAUUGCAUUCUGCUACAGCAGCAGAACUAUAGCUGAAAUUUGUGACUUGAGCAAGUAAAGGAUAGAAUUCCUUAUUGCGAAUUAGAUGGCGCUGCUGAUUCCAACCUAAUCCGCUUCUGCGGGUUCAUGUGUGACGACUGAGCGCAUGCCUGUGUAUGUAGAACCCGUAACUGCGGGCUUACCGAUAUCUUAUUCGGCUACCGAUUACAGAAAUAUUCGAUCUGAAUCUAUUGGGUUGCCCAAAAAGUGGCUUGUGGUCUAUUUAUUCGUCUUCUACCUAUUCCUAUGGGCGAAUCUGCGUUAUUUUAAGUAAUAUAUACUUUUAUUCGGGGUUUCCAGCUGCCAUUAGCUGUUGUAAAUAAAUAAAUAGUAUCAAAAAUAACUACGGGCAGUCAGCAGACAGUAUUUGGUAUUAUCGGCAGACUUUUCUGUGAGUGUAACAGUUGUUAAAAAUUAACAUUUGCGGCUUUGAAAUUUGCUAUAUAUCAGUUCUAAUCCGCUGACACGAGAACGGAACGUAAAAUAUUGCCCUAACGGUUAUGUUCAGUAGUCACUUUCAAACGUAUUCUUAAGACAACCGAACAAUUAUGGGUGAGAGUCUUGGGACCUGUCGCACCAAGCCACCCAAUUGAGAGCAAGGCACCUUUUAUACUUCCAGCACUCAAGAAAAUUUUUAUUUACCAAAUCUAAAAUCUACCAAAUUUUCUAUAAACAAAAAAUGCUACUGCAUUUUUUCUUUUUAUACUUUUGAACUAUGGCUGCGGUGUCGGAGUCGAGCAAUUUUCCCUGGAGUCGGAGUCGAAAAAAUAACCUUGACUUCGACACCAGACAAAAUAGAAAAAAUGUUUCAACAAAAAAAAAAUUGUUAUAUAAAAAAAAUCAUUAAAAUUUAGUCCUUAAAAAAAGUGUUUGAAUUCUUGUCUUAAAGAAAAAAAAUUCAAAACUUUGUCUUUAAAUUUUGUCAUUGAAAUUAUAGCUCUAGAAAAAUUUAGUUGAAAUAUUGUCUUUAGAAACAAUUGAAAAAAUCCUUUAAAUUUUAUCUUUAGAAAAAAUUUCAUUGGAAUUUUGUCUUUGCAGAAAAUUUGAUCAAAAUUUUUUUCAAUGGAGGAAAUUUGAUCGAAAUUUCGUCUUUAGAAAAAAUUUUAUUGGAUUUUAGUCUUUAAAAAAAUAUUAUAGAAAAUUUCAUCGAAUUAGUCUUAAGAAAUAACCUUAUUGAAAGUUUCAUUUAGAAAAACUUUGGAAAAGUAUCAUUAAAAUGUUGUCUUUAAUAAUAACUUUCUUUGAAAUUUUACCUUUAAAAAUGUCCUUAAAUUUUUUUUAAAUUUUGUCUUUAAAAAACAUUUGAUAGAAAAAUUCUACAUAAAAAUUGCAUUUACAUGUUGUCUUUAGAAAACACUUCAUUGAAAUUGUGCAUGUGUUUGCAAAAAAUUUCAUUAAAAUUUUAUGUUUGAAAAAAAUGUCUCUGAAUUUUGUAUCACAGGACAAAAAUUGUUUGAUUAUAUUAGUGAAAUUUUCACUUUUUAGGUUUUCCAUAUUUAUCCUGCAAUGGAUAUUUAGGAAUAUUGAAAACUUGCACAUGUUUUUUGAAUAAGCUCAGUUUUCGGACAGUAUGAAAGCCCAAUUCAGGAAAAAUUUGCUCCACUAAUCACUUGAGAAAAACGUACGUGGUACGAAACAAUUUUUAAGUACAUUUUUUUGAUUAUAUUUUUGUAUAAAUUAAAAUUAAUGUACCAAAAAAAUUCGUUGUCAUUCGUUCCGACGGGAUCGUGAUUUCGUCUAGCUAAAAUUGGAAAAAAGGCCGUAGUCUACUCCUUGAUACCUUUCAUUUGGUACCCAUAUUGCCUAGGGCUAAAGGGGGUUCAAAAUUCUCAAGGUCUCGUAGGUCCUUCCCAGGUCCAAUUUUUAUAUUUUGUUUUUACAUAUUCUUAAUCUAUUUGCUCAUACCUUCCAUUUGAUACCCAUAAUGCCUUGGUUGGGUAUCACGACACUUUAGUGGUGUGUAUAAAAUAGAGCAUUUUUAAGUGCCCGGCGUGGAUUCCGGAGUCGGAGUCGAGUCAAAAUUGGUCGCCGCAGCCCUAUUUUGAACACAUCGAAUUAUUAAUUUACAACUUCAAUGCAUACAUGCUAGAUCGUCUUAAAACUUGUGUCAGUCAGUCUGUUGAAACCAGGCUACAACCAUUAAAAAUAAUAGCCAUAGUCAGGUGAAGAUCUCCCCAUAUACACCAAUCUCCGGAAAGACUUUCUAGGCCUUUAAAAUCAUAUAUUUGCACCGAUUUCACCGAAAUUUGCAAUAGUGAAUUGUAUUAAAUUCGUCGACAACCGUGCCGAGUUUGACCAUAAACCCCCAUCUCUCGAAACCAUAAAAUGGGAAUUAAGCAACUGAUUUCGCUCAAAUUUGGAACAGUGAGUUGCAUUGUAGCCCUCAACAACCGAGUCUGCGCCAGAUCGGAACUUACUUUAAUAUAACUGCCAUACCGACCAAUCUUUCGAUUUAGGGAAUUUAUAGCAUAAUAGACGCAUUUUGAGUUAUCCCCGAUGAUGUCUGCCAGGCCUUCCCUCAAAGCAGUAAACCAAACCUAAGUCAAAAACGAAUUUGUAUUAAAAAAAAUUAAUGGGAGCUUAAAUUCGACCUGGCCGAAUCUCAAUUCCAUGGAAGCAGGUUGUACGUGCCGGAUUGACCCGAUGGAGUCUUUUAUCGGCAAGGGCUGUCGCCUAAACCUGGUCGAAUAUUAUUAUAAACCUCAGCCAAGUUAGGUUAGGUUGAAAAAUGGGUGCGGAUAUUAAUCCGCCCCAUGCCACUAUGGACACACAACUAUGCCAGUAAUCGGUUAGUUGUGCGCUCUAAAUACUAAAAAGUAACAUCGAAAAAGAAAAUCUAAGUUGGGAAUUCCUUGCUAAUUACAAAAUUUUUAACAGCUUUCCAUACCACUUCCAUAAGUUGAGUUAUGUCUGGUAUUGUGUCGCCACAAUUUUGCUAGCCGCGAAAGCCGGGCAAUUCUCAAAUGUCUUAUCAUCCUCCCUGCAUGACCUACACACAUAUAUUUCCAUAGGCAGAUUAGGCGAGUUGUUAUAUAAAGUUAGAUUAUAGUGGCAGUCAGAAUUGGCACACUUAGACAAUAUUUAUCCGUCGUAAUAUCACAGCAGCGACAGACCAAAGCCGCUCGUGGGAAUCGAACCCACGACCCCUUGCACUGGUUGUUGUUAUUGUUGUAUCAGUGUGUUGUGUUUUAUAUUUUGUCUGCUUGGUUGUGUUGUAUAUCCAAAUGCAGAAACACUGCGUCUAAGGUGGGGUGCGUCAAGAGAAAUUUGGGUCAGAGACGAGUGUGUCUGGCUGGGCAGGUGACGUGUGUCGUGUGAUCCCACGUCGCAAUUGGGACCCACAUCCUGUACGUUAGCAUCUAUGUAUGGGCUGUAGGAUUUGAGGCGGUCAAGUCUCAGAAUAAUAGUAGGGUUCUAGAACUAUGACAAAAAUAGAGAUGGAUCUUGGGCUAUAAUUUCGUAUUAAAGAUAUUUAAUAUUACAGUCAGGAUUCACUAAAAGAAGGUUAAGUCACUUGCGAGAAUAUAAAUUUGAUAGGGCUAUUGUGAAUGUUAAUAAAUGUCAGUAAACAUUUAUUUAUUUUUAUUUUGUAUAUUUUGUUAAUUCAAUUUGAGUGUGAACAAUAGUAAGUUUGACAACCUUAAUGACGAAAAUUAAAAAAAAAAAUAUGUGUGUCGGCUGAUCGCUUGGUUUAACCUUGUUAAAUUGAUCCUGGGCCUAAUCUUGUUAAGUGAAUCGUCUAUGACAGUAUAUAUGUAUUGGGUAAAGUACAGCUAAUAGACAGUGUUGCCGAGUGCGGUUAAUGGGGUAUUUGUAUCAUAGAGGCGUUUUCGUAAUAAAUACGACACAAAUGUAACACAUCAAGGUACGGCCCUUGAAGCCAUCACAUCUAAUAUCGUUGAAAAGUCUUCUAACCAAAAAGGGAACGUGUCCCAUAGUGGUUGGUGUGUGUUGUGAUCUCUGGCUUUUCUUUUCCAUUUGCAUAUAUAUACAUAUAUCUAUAUAUAUAUGUGUAUAUAGUUUCCUACAAUACAAUUGCUUGCAUGGAAUAGGACGGUUCAUGACGCUAGCAAAAGCUAUUUCAAUAAAAUCCGAAUCGAUCAAUUAAUGUUGAAUCCUUAAGCUUGAUUGGAGUUAGGGAACAUAAUUUAAAUGCAUGUCACAUCGCCCAUUACAAAAAUAUGUACUCGUUGUUUCAUAUUAAAACAAGCCAACACUGAUUUAUAACUUCCAACUGCCCUUGGAGAAACAAAAAGCGCCUGGAGGAAACAUUUUCAAAGCAAAUGGAAGAUAUGGAGUCUUUAUAUGGGGGAGCCGCCAUUGUGUCUGUACAUGCGGAUGCG